AUUCAUGCGCCAGAGGACUAUCUAUCCACCACACACGUCGCGUUACAGUUGGCCAUGGCUCCGAGCCCCAUUUAAAAAUCCCGGCAACAGGGCCCUCCGAUCUCCUGUCUCCGCCCUGAGGAGAAGGGGCAGCAUGUAUGCGCUUCACGAGAAGAGAGUGAAUCUCGCUCCGAGCCCGGCAGCCGUGGAGGAGGAGGGGCAGGAGGUCCAUGUAUGAAGCUCGCGGGGUAUAAGAAUCUGGAGCCAAGGCCGGGGUCGAUUGUUUGCAGUCCGGAGUUGAGAGACUAGCUCGCUAGUUCUUCGGUUAUUAUUUGGUUUGAGUUUGGUGCCAGAUCGUGACGGUCCUGCACCUCGUCUCGUCGUGACAUCCGAUUGAUCGAUCGGUUUUCAUCGCAGCCGGCAUUAGAGUGUAAUUAAGAGAAAACGAAAAGGUUUGCCCGAUCCAAACCACUCAAGAAUCAAAAUCAGAACCCUGCAGAAGAAGAAGAAGGCCGCUGCGCUCAGCGACUGGCAUGUACAAAUUGGACUUCUCAGGAUAAACACAGUGGCCCCCUUCUCGUCGUCUUUCAUCUCUGUCCACCUUUCCCGCCCCCCCCUCUUUCUCUCUCUCUGCAAGCGCUGACAUCGCACGGUUCGCUUUCGAGUGCGACAAUCUCUCGACGACACGGUACUGCAUUCCCAGGUUCGUCGGUCCAGUCGCCUGUCCGUGAUGAGUUUCGGAGAUCGGAGCAGCAGCAGCAGCAGCAGAAGACAGCAGCCUGUCGACUCACUGUCACUCUCACCCCCGUUGCGGUUCCGGAGCUCCAUGCCAACUUUGAAUCCUCUCUACUAGCUCCAGGUGUUCCAAAUUCGAUCUCUUCCCCGGGGUGUUCUUUGGGAGCUGAUUUCCCUCGACCUUCUUGAAGCUCCCGUCUCGUGUUCUCGAGUCGGUAUCGGGGACCAGCAGCCAUGGCUUCCCAUGGCGAGCCAGUGGACAUCUUUCCCAGUGGACUGCUCCACGUGAACUUGUACUAUGCCCGAGAUAUCAAGCCCCGAGAUGCCAUCAGACCAGGAAGGGCUGAUCCGUAUGCGAUCAUCAGUUUUGAUGGCCGAGAAGCACCUCGGAGCCGAACGAUGCAAGAUGCCGGGUCCUCUCCCGAGUGGAACCAACAUUUCACCUUUCCCAUUCGACGACUACCUGGAGAUCAGCCGCAUCUGGAGAAGUCGAACAGCAUCAGGUCCGAUAGCAGCAGGGGCUUCAAGAAGUUGUUCAGCAGCAAGACUUCAGAUAAGAACAAGGACUAUGACUCCAUCAAUACUCUAGAAGUGAAAAUCUACGAUAGGAACAAUUUCAGGCAGGACUUCGACAUGGGAAAAGUCAGGAUUCCCAACUUGGCGAGACUUGUCAGUGGCACGCCUCACUGGAUGGUGGAGAAGAAGGACUUUCCAGUUUUUGAGGAGCUGAAAGGGGGAGAAUUGCAACAGAGGGGCUUGGUUUCGAUGUCGAUCGCUUUUCAAAUCAUGGACGAGCGCGAGUUCGCCAUGGGAUGGUUCCCAGAGCCCACGGUGGACGACAAUCUGCAAGAGUACACGCCAGUUCUUUUCCAACAAACUCCCCCCCAGAUGAUGACAACGGACGAUGAGCUCGAGCCGAAACACAAAAGUACACCCGAUGCGCAGGAGAUCGAGAACCUCUCGGUGGAGGUUUCGAAUCUGAGUCACUCACUGGCCAUGGCGCAGCAGAUGGCAAGGGAAGCCAAAAUGUCUGCGGACUCUCUGGCCUCCCAACUGGCGGAGGCCAAGAAGUCGUACUCGGAAUUGGAGACCAAGGCACAAGGUGAUGCUGCGCAGGCCAAAAGCGCAGCCGACGCACUGCGCUCGCAGCUGGACGGAGCGAAGCAGGAGAAGCAGCAGGCGGAGGCUCGAUCACAGGACCUGCUGUCGAAAGCCAAAGACGCAGCCGAAAAACUGGAGUCUCAGCUGGCUGUCUCGUCGCAGGAGAAGCACCAGCUCGAGAGCAAGUUGCAGGCUGCCGUGAACGGCACAGCCGAGCUCGAGAAGCGAAACCAGGAGCUGAGGGCCAAAGUGGCGAGCUUGGAUAGCCAAACGAGCGACCUGAACGCCAAGCUCCUGGCAUCUGAGGCAACCAUCGCCGAGUUGCGCAAAGAGCUCGCAGCUGCUGUGGACAAGCAUCAGAUUGUAGAUCGGGACUUCCAUGUGGAGAAAGAAACUCAUUCCGGUCUCAGGAGUGCCCACUCGACUCUGCAGCAGACGAAAGAGAAGAUCGAGAAGGAACUGUCCGAGGCGAAGAAUGCGAUCCAGGAGCUCAAUGUGUUCAAAAGCACGGCUCAGGAGGAGAAGGCCACUCUGGGCAGUAAACUCGCUUCCCUCGAGAGCAUCAGGGCCGAUCUGGAAGGGAAGGGGGCCAAAUUGGAGAAGGAUCUGGCUUCUGCAUCGGAGCUUUCCAAGAAGUCGGAGCAGGAGAAGGCAGACCUGCUGGCGGAAAUCCGCACCGUCUCAAGCAAGGCUUCGGGUCUCGAGAGUGACAUUGCCGAGCUCAGGAGCAAAGUCGCUGGCCUGGAGACAGACAAAGCCCGUUUGGAAGAAACCAGGGCAAAGCUCGAGACCGAUCUGGCUGCCGCCUCCGAGAGCUCGAGGAAAUUGGACGAGGAGAAGUCUGCACUGACGGCAGAACUCCAAAGCCUCCAAGGCAAGCACUCGAGCCUGCAAACGGACAAAGCCAGUGUCGAAGAAGCGAAGACGAAGUUGGAAGCAGAUUUAGCUUCUGCAACUGAGAGCUACAAGAAACUGGAUGAGGAGAAAUCGAAACUGCAGUCAGAACUCGAUGGUCUAGCGAGCAGGUACUCUGAUCUGGACGGUGAGAACAUCGAGCUCAAGGAGAAGAUCGAGAGUGUAGAGACAGAAAAGUCUCAUCUCAAAAAGCAGGGGCUCAAGUUGGAGCAAGGUCUGGCUAUCGCCCUGGCGCGGUCCAAGGAAUCCGACCAGGAGAAGGAGGAACUGCAUACCGAAUUGAAGACCAUCGGAAGCAGGGUCGUCAGUCUAGAGGGCGAGAACACAGAGCUCAAGGACAAACUCGCUCGACUGCAGGCAGAGAAGAAGGACUUGGAAGACGCCGGGUCCAAAUUAGAGCAAGAGGUGGCCGAUUGGACGGACCGCACGGAGAAACUAGAUAGGGAGAAGGCGGAGCUGGAGAGGAAGCUUGAAGCUUUGGGAACCAGGGGAUCGGCUUUGCACGCGGAGAAUGUCCAGCUCAACGACAAACUCUCCAGCCUCCAGGCUGAACGAAACAAGCUGGAAGGGGAGAAGUCGAAGUUGGUGGAAUCUCUGGCAGCUGCAUCCGAGCGCUCAGGGAAAUUGGAUCAGGACAAAGCGGAUUUGCAAUCCGAUAUUGAAACUCUCCAGAGCAAGUUAUCUGCUGUGGAGGGCGAGAACACGCACCUCAAGGAGAAAAUCUCUAGCUUGCAGUCGGACAGGAACAAGCUGGAGGAGGAGUUCACCGAAUUGGAACAGUCUCUGGCAGUGGCCACUCAGCGCUCAGGGUCACUGGACAAGGAGAAGUCGGAGCUCAGCGCCAAACUCGAAACUCAUGGCUCACGAGUGACACUUCUCCAGGGCGAGAACAUUCAGCUCCAAGACAAACUUGCCAGUCUGCAAGAAGCACGCAACAAGUUGGAGGAGGAGAGCUCCAAACUGGAGCAAUCGCUCGCCAGUGCUGCCGAUCGCGUCAGGGCUUUGGAUGAUCAAAACUCGGACCUCAGCUCAAAGGUCGAAGGUCUUGAGAAUUCUUUGUCCAGCUUCAAGGAUGAGAACGCUCAGCUCAAAAGCAAGUUGGCCAGCCUCCAGGCGGAAAGGAACGAAUUGGAGGAGGAGUUGAAGACAUCUGUGGCCAGCUCCUCGGAGUUCUCGGCCAAGCUGCACAAGGAGAACUCGGAUUUGUUCACCAAGCUCGAGUCGCUGGGUAACAUGGUUCAGGAUCUCGAGAGCGAGAACUCUAAGCUCAAGGAUUCGGUAUCCAGCUUGGAGAAAGAGACGGCCACCCUGAAGAAGGAGGACGCGAAGUUGGAGCAUGCUCUGUCUGUGCAGUCUGAGCGCACGGGCAAGCUGGACCAGGAGAAGGCCGAGCUCAGUGCGAAGCUCGCAUCUGAGAAGAAUCAGGCCGCCUCUCUGAAGACAGGGCUCAAUUGGCAAAAGAUGGCCAAGGCCGCCGGUCUCGAAAGCAAAGUAUCCCGCUUGGAGCUCGAGUUGCAAGGAGCGAAAAGCUCGGCACAGGACGCCACUCGCAAGCUCCAGAAGGAGAUCGAAACAUCUGCUUCUCUGAAGCUCGAAGUCUCCGAGCUGCAGACCAAACGAGCAUCCCUCGAGAAAGAUCUCGCCGCAGCAAAAUCUCGCAUCAACGAGCUGCAGUCGUCGGUGAAAAGCUCACAGGCCCAAAUCGAGGCCCUGAACAAGGACAAGACCAAGUUGACCGAGGCCAAGGCUGUGACCGAGAAGGAGCUCGGCACCGGCAAGGCUCGCAUCGUCGAGCUGCAAAUUUCAGUCCAGAAGGCUGAAACGAGAAUCUCCGACCUGACUGGAGAGAAGAGCAGGCUCACCGAGGCCAAGGUCUCGACUGAGGAAGAGCUCCAGAAGGCUCAGUCUCGCAUUCAGGAACUGCAGAAAUCUCUGAAGAUCUCGCAGUCCCAACUGGCCGAGCUGACGACAGAGAAGACGAGGCUGGCUGAGGGGAAAUCGGCUACCGAGGCAGAGCUGGGAGCAGCCAGGACUCGAGUCCUGGAGCUGCAAAAGUCCAUCAGCAGCACUCAAGCUCAAGUGGCAGAGCUGACGAGCGAGAAGGCGAGGCUGACGGACACCAAGUCCCAAGUCGAUGCGGAGCUCGGAAAGGCGAGGUCCCGCAUGGUGGAGCUCGAGGGAUCCAUCAAGAGGGCUGAGUCCCAGGUGGAAGAUCUGCUGGGCGAGAAGAAGAGGCUGACCGAGGCCAAAUCUGCGACCGAGGCAGAGCUGACGGCGGUGAAGGCUCGCACGGGCGACCUGCAAAGGUCCAUCAAAGCCACGGAGUCGAAGUAUGCGGAUCUGAUGGGCGAGAAGACGAGGCUGGAGUCCACCAAGUCCUCGACGGAGAAAGAGCUGGAGAAGGUCACCUCGAGCUCCAAUGAAGCUCUCAAGAAGUUGGAGCAGCAGCUCCUUGCGGUUCAGGAGAGAGCGAAGGAGCUGGAGCAGAGCUUGGCGAUGGAGAAGUCAAAGUCUGCGGCCCAUUCCGGGCCGAGCUCCAGUGACAGGGGGGUGGCCCAAGGCCACGGGCAUGGACUUUUGCAGGUCUCGUCACGCGUAGAAAAUCCUCCUGUUUCUCGGAUGCCACAGGGUCCGAAUCAUACAGACAGUGGCAGCUGGUGGGAGAGUUGCUGUUGUUGUCUUGCGUUCCUCUUCCCUCAUCGAGAUAGGCAUGAAGCGCAGCCGCUUCUUCCAGGGCCACAUCGCUCAGGACACUGAGAUUUGGUAAUCUUGGAUUAUUUUGCGAGGAAUUCCAGGUAAGUACGAGGAGAAAUUCCCCGAGUUGUACAUACUGGCCGCAUACAUUUUACGAAGCCCUGGAUGCUACUGAAUAAAAACUCAAGCGGAUGAACCACCGUCUGGUGAGGCUUCCUCGAUUUGUAUUACAACGAGCAGGUGAAUAAGCUACUUUCACUAAAUCGGUCCUACGCAUGAACAACAGGGGCAUCUCUUGUCUUUGACAUGGUAGCAGUCAAACGAUAUAUUAGCUAUCCACGUCUUCCUUUACCGUGUGUGAGUCACCACCUGUCACUUUCCACUUUUGAGACAUUUCUAACUCCGUAUUCUAGCACUCUACAAAUAUGUUUGGAGAAAUUUUCCUCCUUUCACAGCCGGCUUUCUCGUUUUGAUCCAGCUAUGUUUUGAAAACUCCUGCAACUGUCGUUAGCUCUCAACUACGGAACUAGAGUAUGGAGUAGACGGUCACGAUUAUCUCUUGCCCAAAACGAAAACUCACUGGCAGCUACGUUGUGCUCUCAUGUACAUAGAUUGUAAAAUAGAGCACACAAGACACCAUUUUGCGUUGCAUCUGCCCAGAACUUCUAGUUUACACUGUACAGAUUAGAACUUUGAACUCUGUCUUACAGAAAGUAUUUUUUAAUCGACUCUCAAUUUCGGCACUGAUC